AUGAGACUCCACACCAACAUACACACUCCGCCCAGCCUCAGGGUGGAGAUCCGCUUCAUUAUAUCGGCAUAUUCUUAUCCAUUCUUUGUACGACACCCGUCUCAUCUUCCAGGCCAAGACGGAAAAGUGCGUCUAUUCCGACCAGACAUGAACAUGCGACGCCUGGCACGAUCAACGCAGCGCAUUGCUCUACCAGAUUUUGAUCAGGACCAGUUCCUCGAGUGCAUAAAAGAGCUUGUCAAGGUGGAUAGUGCGUGGAUCCCCGAGGAAAAGGGCUACUCCUUAUAUUUACGUCCAACAGCUAUUGGUACACAGCCGUCACUCGGUGUAGGAGCAUCAAAGAAUGCCAAGAUGUUUGUCAUCAUGUCACCGGUAGGUCCGUACUACAAAAACGGCUUUGCGCCAGUGUCGCUCUUGGCUGACGACCGCUACAACCGCGCAUGGCCCGGAGGUGUUGGAAACUACAAAAUCGGAGGGAAUUACGCUCCCGGCGUUGUACCGCAAAUAGAGGCGGGCGAGAAGGGCUACGAUCAGUUGCUGUGGCUCUCUGAUGAGGACCACAAGGUCACUGAAGUCGGCACCAUGAACUUCUUCGUGUUCUGGACCAACAAGGCUGGUGAGAAAGAGUUGAUAACCGCACCCCUUGAAGGCACCAUCCUGCCUGGAGUUACGCGCGACUCUAUCAUCGAUUUGGCUAAGCAGUGGGGAGAGUUCAAGGUGACUGAAGGAUGGUUCACCAUGAAGGACCUAAUCGAGGCUCAGCAAGAGGGCAGGUUGAUCGAAGCCUUCGGAGCCGGUACAGCCUGCAUUGUGUCGCCUGUGAAGAACAUUGGCUACCAGGGCAAGGACUACGCUGUGCCGCUUGCCGCUGGCAAGUCCGGUGAACUCACACUACGAGUCAACAACACCAUCUCAGACAUUCAGUACGGCGACAUAGAGAGCGAGUGGUCUGUGGUCGUAGAGUAGACUAGAGCGGGCAUUCGCAAUUCGAUAGUAUAAAGCGAGAUCAUUCCAUAAAGAACUAUAGAUCAAAAUAAACUUUCCGGUAUGUCCGAAAUAAAUGCUUGCUGUAUAGAAGC